AUGCCUCUCGCCCUCGUCACUGGUGCAACUGGUUACCUCGGCUCUGUCACUGUAGACCAGCUGCUCGAUGCUGGUUACAAAAUGCAUUCAAAGGUCUGGAAAGAGGCGGUAGACUAUUUGGCAAAGAAGCGCCCCGAGCUUAAGGACAGGCUACCUGUUGUUACAGGCACGGAGAGGGUAUACGAUACGGUCACGUAUGAUGCCAGUAGUGCUACGAAGUUGAUUGGGCUGACAGAGUAUAUUAGCUGGGAGGAAACGCUGGAAAGUACUAUAGACGAUAUCCUGCGGCGCGAGGCCGAGCUGGAUUCGUGGCUAUUAUACGACCCCAUUUUCAUGUCUGUUUUCAAACUGUUCAAUGACAUUGGCCGAGAUCUGAUGCAUCAGCUACACCCCUUGCCGCUGCCUGCACGCGAGAUAAUUAUCCACCCGUUCAACAACGGAAGGAAAGACGAUCAAGGGCUUAUGUUGCGCAUAACCGCUGCCAAGGCCGCAAAAAAUCGCGGCAGACAAGCAUAUGUAGAUGAAUACUUGGAGAUGGUUCAAUUCAAUGGGGCGGACAUGUCUCUACGAGCAGUUCUGAGCACCACCGUACCGUCAAGUUCGAGCGAUUAUACAUGCUUGAAUGCUUGGAUGCGUAAAAUUGGAAUGUGA